CUGAGAUUGACUGUCUUAAUUCCAUCUCUGCUAACACUUUGCUCCAUGCAAGUCCCUAAUCCUACCAGCCUGUUAAAAGGUGCUGCAUCACUUCAGGGGGCUGCAGAGCACAUCUUUACUACUAUAAGAUCCAUCCCUCUAGCCGUCCUUUCUCCCCUCCGAUCACAAUACGGCUGCACUACAAGACUCCCUCACUAUAUUUAAUUCUGAGAAGAGGCAAAGACUGAUUUAUCUAGUGUCAAGGUCUCAGAAGAAGAAAAACAUCACCAGCCAUGAAUGGCACAGAAGGACCCAACUUUUAUGUCCCCAUGUCUAACAAGACCGGAUUGGUUCGCAGCCCCUUUGAGCAUCCUCAGUACUACCUGGCUGAGCCCUGGAAGUACUCUCUUCUGGCUGCGUACAUGCUGUUCCUCAUCAUCACUGCCUUCCCCAUCAACUUCCUCACACUCCAUGUCACCGUCAAAAACAAAAAAUUGAGGACCCCACUGAACUAUGUUCUACUUAACCUGGCGGUGGCUGACCUCUUCAUGGUCAUCGGGGGCUUCACAGUUACGCUCUACACAGCCCUGCACGGAUACUUCAUCUUAGGCGUCACCGGCUGCAACAUUGAGGGAUUCUUCGCCACUUUAGGAGGAGAGAUUGGUCUCUGGUCUCUGGUGGUUUUGGCGAUUGAGCGCUACAUUGUGGUCUGUAAGCCGAUGACCAAUUUCCGCUUUGGGGAGAAACAUGCCCUCGCUGGGCUGGCCUUUACAUGGAUCAUGGCCAUGACUUGUGCUACUCCCCCUCUGCUCGGAUGGUCCCGGUACAUCCCAGAGGGAAUGCAGUGUUCCUGUGGGAUUGACUACUACACGCCCAAGCCUGAGAUCAACAACACCUCAUUCGUCAUCUAUAUGUUUGUCCUCCAUUUCUGUAUCCCCCUCUUCAUCAUUUUCUUCUGCUACAGUCGCCUACUCUGCACUGUGCGAGCGGCUGCAGCUCAGCAGCAGGAGUCUGAAACCACCCAGAGAGCUGAGAAGGAGGUGACACGUAUGGUUAUUGUCAUGGUGAUCUCCUUCCUGAUAUGUUGGGUGCCCUACGCCACCGUGGCUUGGUACAUCUUUGCCAAUCAGGGAACUGAGUUCGGACCAGUGUUCAUGACUGCUCCAGCUUUCUUUGCCAAAAGUGCCGCUCUGUACAACCCAGUUAUCUACAUUCUGCUAAACAGACAGUUCAGAAACUGCAUGAUCACUACAGUUUGCUGUGGAAAAAACCCAUUUGGAGACGAUGAUGCUGCUGCUGCCGCCACUUCCAAAACUCAGACUUCGUCUGUCUCAACCAGCCAGGUGGCACCAGCUUGACCCGUAACUCCUCCUCCCACCUCCAAUGUCCCAUCUGUCCCUGCACACCUUGGGACCCACCACUGCCAAUUAGCGCUACGUUCUAUUGGCCAAUCCUCUGGACUUACCUCUCCA